AUGAGUCUUUCUUUCCUUCUCUUUUCCCCUUUUCUCCCCCCCUGUUUCUCGUCCAUCUCUAUCUGUCUAUCUGUCUUAUCUACUGUUAGUUUUUUUUUCGCUUUCACGAUACCGCAUUACGUACUGCGCUGCGGAAGUGUGGAUGAGUGGCAUAUACACUCUUCUGCAGAGGAUUUUCGUACACAACGGUGUGUGUGUGCUGUGAAGCUGUCUGCUUCCUUACUUGGCUGUUUGCUUGCUUGUGCGUCAUGGUCACUUUUGUUAGAAGUGAGCCGCAUAAAAUGGCAUGUCGGCACAGCCUACAGUUAA